AACGGUUUUUUCUUUCCAAAACCUCUAAAACGCCAACCUUCUCUCUCUCUCUCUCUCUCUCUCUCCAUAAUCACUGGUUUAUUGUUUUCAUUUUCUCUGUUGAAUUUAGGGCUUUGUUGUGAUUCGAAGGAGCUUCUGAUCGUGUGGAAAAUGGCGUCUCAGGCGCAGGUCGAAAAAAUGGAGGAACGUCAGAACUAUCGGAACCUCUGGCACAUCGAUCUCACCAACUCCAUUGCCGCCGAUCCUGCCUAUUGCUGUUUCUCGGCGCUCUGUGCUCCCUGUGUAUCGUACUUGCUCCGCAAACGAGCUCUUUACGAUGACAUGUCAAGGUACACAUGCUGUGGUGGCUAUAUGCCUUGUAGUGGGAAGUGUGGAGAAAGUAAAUGCCCUGAAUUUUGUCUUUGCACUGAGGUUUUUCUUUGCUUUGCAAAUUCAGUUGCAUCAACACGUUUCAUGUUGCAAGAUGAGUUCAACAUACAGACCACACCGUGUGAUAACUGCAUUAUUGGAUUCAUGCUCUGCCUCCAACAAUUGGCCUGUAUAUUUUCCCUAGUUGCUUGUAUUACCGGCAUUGAUGAACUUCAAGAGGCUUCUCAGAUACUGUCCUGCUUCUCGGAUUUGGUUUAUUGCACGGUUUGUGCUUGUAUGCAGACACAGCACAAGGUUGAAAUGGACAAAAGAGAUGGCAAGUUUGGACCACCACCAGUGAUGGCGGUGCCUCCAGCUCAACAUAUGUCUCGUAUAGAUCAGGGCAUUCCUCCACCAGUCGGAUAUCCAGCACCAGCAUAUGGGCAGCCCUAUGGCUACGCCCAAGGUUAUCCUCCAUCCGGUUAUCCUCCGUCUGGUUAUCCUCCAUCGGCUUACCCCCAGGCUGGUUAUCCCAGGUGAUCUUAUCAUGAUUAGUGUUCAAAUAACCCCUAUGAAUGGACACACUGGGCACAAAAUGUAUAUGCGAAAAGAAAAAAAAAAUAGAAGUGGGUUUGUUCUACAAAUCCUAUAAAAUUUUAUCCAUCUGUAUUAGUAGCGGCCCUGUUUAUAUUGAUGUGCAAAAAUAAAAAAAUAGGAAAAAAAACAUAACCAUAAUUGAAAAUCUCAUUUUUAAAGUGUAUUGUAAAUACUGAUCUGAUAGUACAGCAAGACUAAAACUAGAACUCUGCAAAUUAAAUGUGGAUUUUUUUUGUUAUAAUUGUAAAAAAAUAUAAAUACAAGUUGUGAUUAUUGAACCUAGAAGGCAUGGAUUUGUAGUA